AUGCCGAUCAAACUCCCCAAAGGUUUCGCACGGCGAAAGUCGUCUGGUAACGUCCUCGACGAGGCGGAACAUUCACCUGAAUCCUCGUUUCGAGUAUUCGAGCGUCCGAAUGGUUUAAACAAGGGCAAGACCUUUACCACUGGUGAGGGUCGAUACUACCGCCCAGAAACUGCGGAAUCAGAUAAUAUAUUUGCCGGAAUCGAGAAACCUCUACCUCAUAAUAGGGCUAGUGGUGGUACCAAUAACUCCGCAUCAACAGGUCUCUACGACAGCUCCUCUUCUGCUCGAUAUAGUUCAUCUUCAACCCUGCCUUCGUCCACCGACGUCCCUGUACAUAAUGACCAUUCCCGAGGAGUUCAUGACUUGCCUGUGCCACCGGUGCCAGAGUCUCCCUCUGUGUUCUCCCUGCGUGCCGCCGGCCGGACAUUCUCGUUCGGUGCGCGAUCGCUACGUACAUCUACACCCGUCUCACACUCGCGCCAGCAGACAACGGCUUCUCCAUCGACUACCCGAGAUCGAGCGACGACUGCAAGCUCCGCCAGCACGGCCAUUCCUCCCAAGUUGUUAGACUCUGAUUUGACUAUUGGUCGAGCAGGCGAUGACGACGAUGGGUUUGGUAGCAUGUUUGAGAACUUUGGCAAGCGAAAAAGCGCUAUAUUAUUGGAUUCUUCGAAAUCUGUAUGUCUAUUGCCCACAGAGCGUAGCGAUACCCAUACCCAACCGAAAGAUAAGCCGAACGACCGAGGCGUCCCGUUAGCUCCUAUAAUUACAGAUCGACGGCAGGCUGUCGAGCCAUCACCCUUAUCGUGGGAUAGUCAGACAUCUACUAAUGCAUUGAUGCAUGGAAACGAUGACCGCGACAAGCAUGAGGGCCGGACAGCAACACUGCCUCCGUCACAAUCCAUAACAUCCGUCAAAUCCGUAGCCCCCGAAUCACCCGAUAGCUACGAUUCUGAAGACUCGCCAUCGUUCAUAGCUAACAACGAUGACGCCGAGAUUGUUCGUCAAUCUAUACUCUUGUCUAGUCGGGAUCCCCAUCCAGCUACCUCAAAUAGUCCCCCACAUGCAAAUACGAACGAAGAAACUCCCCUAUUCGAGAAUGAUGAGAUCACAUCUAGUGCACAUUUAGCUUCGCAGUACGAGGAGCGACUUGCCUCGGCACCCAACACUCAGAACAAGGUCAUGACACCCGCUCAGUUCGAACGCUACCGUCAACAGAGAGAAAUGACACGCAGAUUGAGCACCGCGUCCAAGAGUGACGGUUCGGACGCCGGAAACGAUUAUGAAGAUGACGAGGAAGAUGAAGAUGAAGGAGAGAAGACCCGAGAAGCUGCACGGCAACGCCGCAAGCAAGAAGCCCAUCUCUCCGUCUACCGUCAGCAGAUGAUGAAGGUUAUUGGACAACACGCUCCCGCCCAAUCGAGCAGCUCUCAAACACUGCGUCCGAUAUCCGAACAGGGCAGCAUUAGCACGCCAAACUUGCUCUCGCGCUCGUCGAUGCUCGGUUUGCCCACAAUUCCACAGGAAGGCGGUAAGAGCAGCGAUGGCGAAGACGAUGAGGAUGUACCUCUUGCAAUAUUGGCCGCACAUGGAUUUCCCAAUAAGAAUCGGCCGCCUACUCGGUUGACUGCGUCGAGCUCUAACCCGAACCUCCGCGUAUCAUAUGCAGGAUCCCCUGGGCCUUCCGCGAACGAUAACGGUUCAGAAGCUCGUGCUAACUUGCCAGUAUUUGCCCGCAACCUACCGCGAGAUCCAUAUUUUGGCGCAGGCAUUGUCAAUGCUCCACAGAGGGAGAGUUUGGCAAUGAGUGGUGGGGCGCCUCCUUUAGGAAGUUCGCCAUCUCAGGCUUCUCUACAUCCUGGUGGUCUCGUCGGUGUGAUUGCAAACGAGGAACGUGCGCGGGCGAUGCGCAGAGGCAGCCCCAAUGCUCAAGCUGCAGGCAUUCCUCGUCCGUACUCGGUCGCUAAUAUGGCUCAAAUGAAUGCUCCAGGUCCUUGGACCAACCCCGGAGGUUUACUUCAACAGCAGCAACCUCCAGUGAUGACAUCCGGAGAACAAGCGCAGAUUCAGAUUUCUCAACAAAUGACGGAGAUUAUGCAGGUGCAGGUACAAAUGAUGCAGCAGAUGAUGCAAAUGCAGGGUCUUUCUCCUGGACAGCAACCACCCCAACUCAAUCCUAAUAUCCUGUCUGGCAUUGGUCAGCCUAUCAAUACAGCCCAACGUCCGAUGUCAAUGGCAUCGUCAUUCCACCUACCCGCUAACCCACCCCAAGCCGAUCAGCGCACAAUGAGCAUGUUGGAUCCCAACAUGUCUCGAUGGAACCUCAACCGGCCGGCUUCAAUCCAUCCAGAUGCAAUGGGACGACCCAUGACACCGCAAGGUGGUUAUGGAUACGCUCCAUCCAUAGCUCCUUCUGAGCGUAGCAAUAUUGGAUUGGCUGCUCGGUACCGUCCAGUUUCCAUGGCCGGACAAGAGCAGCAAAUGCCUCGGUCAUCAACGUUCACAUCGUCAACUCUGAAGCCAUGGAACAAUGAGAAUCCGCGACCAACAUCGGUUUCUCCCAGCCACAUGCAGCCUGGAGAGCGCAAAUCAACUUCGCUAGCAACUGUGACGAUUCGACCGGUGGCUAACACCAACCGACAGUCUAUUUCUGGGAAACAGAAUGUCAAGCCUGCAGUUCCGGAUGAGGACGAAGAUGAAGCUUGGGCAGAUAUGAUGAAGAAGCGAGAGAAGAAGAAGAGCAGCUGGAAGUUGAAAAAAGAGAACUCGACUUUGGGCGAUCUUUUGCACAUGGUCCAUUAA